AUGGCUGCUACGUCUGGAUACGAUGAGAAUGAGCCGAUGCUGGACAUCCUGGACCCGAGCGACUAUGACAACCUGAACGAUCCAAUCCCCUGGUCAAACAAGAAGCCCACAAUCAUGGGACUGACCAUUACUUUUUUGUUACUCCAGAUCCUAUCGUGGUCAUUUGUUUGCUUUAGAUUGUGGGUACGGUUCCGAAUUGUCCGGUCUCCCUGGUGGGAUGACCUAUUUGUAGUUCUCUACCUGAUCACUGGCACGCUGGGAUCAGUCGCACUUCUCAUAUCCAUACCCUUCGGAGCCGGUCAGCAUUUGCUAUAUUUGACCGUUGGACAAGCCGGUAGAUACCUGGUGUCAUUCUACAUUUUCAACGCGAGCUUGAACCUCGCGGCGACUUUCAUCAAAUUGUCUCUACUGUGCCAGUACCUCCGUGUUUUUGAGAAAGGUACUUGGCCUCAUCGUAUGUCCAAAGUGACAAUUGUUUUGGUCUCACUAUGGGGUCUGGCAUACACGAUGCUGGCAUUUAUCCCUUGUUGGCCCGUUGCGGACUAUUGGUACUCGCCUCCAGAUGCCAAGUGUUGGGCGUAUGGGGCUUGGUCAACGGAGGAAUUGAUGGGAACAUUCUACAGCCAUACGGCUCUGAACAUGGUGUUCGACAUUGUCAUCCUCACAAUACCAUUCCACCUUUAUUUCAAGCCAUGCAUGACGCUCAAGAUGCGCAUCGGCCUUCUCGCCUUGUUGUUGAUGGGAGCUCUAGUAACCUUUCUCUCGAUUUGGCGCCUCCAGACUCUAGUAGAGCACAAGGCCGGCCGUUAUCCGACCCAUGACCCGACGUGGUAUGGACCGAUAUCUCUGAUCCUCGCUGUCCUUGAGUGCGAUUGUGCAAGUAUCUGCGCCUCUGUCCCCAUAUUUUGGCCAGUGCUAUCGCCGUAUCUCGGAGCCAUCUUUGUGACGCAAGAGGUCAGUGUGGAACAUGAGUAUCGUCGUACGGAUGAAGAGUCGAAGGUGCAGACCAGUUCAAACAGUCUACCAAGACCUGGCAGCCAGACUGAAUUGAAGCCUCUGGAGAGCCCGCCAACAAACAUGAACUACUUCUAUGAUGACGAGGGGUCGGCCCCACUUGAGUCGACAAAGAGCCAUCCCGGAGUGCAUACCCGAGUCCGUAGCGACAGUAUGAAGGACAAGAAGCGAGGCUGGACCAAGAUAUAA